AUGACCGCUCGCGAUGGCGAAAAUGUGGGCGAAACGUGGCGUGGAGCGCGACUGGAACUGGAGUGGAAAGACAACAGGCCGCUUUUAGCGUUCGGGGAUGGGCCAAGACGUAGCGAGCGACUUGAACCGGUAUUCAGCAGACGCGAGGUGCUGAAGUAUCGAUCGGGGGCCUCUUGGCCAAGUCACUCACCCGCGCAAUGA